AUGAAGUCGAUUUUACCGAAGGAGACAGCAGAUGAUGUGCCCGACAAGCACCAGGCCUUUCCAAACAUCAUGCAUGUCGGACCCCGCGAACCGGCGCUGAGAAUGUCCAUGCCUGCGCGGAUCACUAGUUUCAGUCCGACUGGCAUGCUCCACGAUAAUGACGAUGCUGACGACCCCAUAGAUGUUGACGGCUUCUGUCCGACUCCCGACUUGAAGCUCGUGUCUUCGGAUAUUGAUUCACCGGCGACAGCGGACCUACCCGGGGUCGGUAGCAACGGGGAUCUCUCGGCAGCGACCACGCUCGCCGAAGACGGUGGGGUACCGAACGCUGUCCAGAAAGAAAAACUGGGCAAAGUCCUCCACGACGAUAUAGACGACAUGGACAAUGAGGACGACUUGAACGAGAGGCGUUCGUCUAAAACCCCUUCUCCACCGCCUUCGACGACGAAAGGUUCGAAUCUCGUGAAACCUCCGUAUUCGUAUAUCGCCCUGAUCACCAUGGCGAUCCUGCAGUCUCCCCGCAAAAGGCUCACGCUGUCAGCCAUCUGUGAUUUUAUUAUAAAUAGGUUCCAAUAUUAUCGGGAGAAGUUUCCCGCCUGGCAAAACAGUAUCCGACACAAUCUGUCUUUGAACGAUUGCUUCGUAAAAAUUCCCCGAGAGCCGGGUAAUCCAGGUAAAGGUAAUUACUGGACCCUGGAUCCGGCUUCAGAAGACAUGUUUGACAAUGGCAGCUUCCUCCGCCGAAGAAAACGUUACAAGCGACAGACACCGGACGUCCAACAACCGGCGGCAUUUAUGUCAGGAGGGGACCCGUUCUACCCGCAUCACCGAUUUCAACCGUACCCGAUCAUGGGGCUACCGUACCACGCAUCACACGUUAGUCCUCAUAUCCCUCUAUUUGCCCACAGUGAAGCCACUCGGACUCCGGCCCUUUUGCCCGUCUCUUUGGGGAUGUCGUCUCCGAGCCAGGCAAGCCUAAUCAAUGCAGCCAAAAACGCCGCAGCGGCGGCAGCCGCCGUCGCCGGCAGCGGCGGUGGAGGCGGCGGCGGCGGCGGUGGGGCUACUAAUGGGGGAAGUACAGGGAGCGGAGGGGGAGGCAGUGUAGUGGAUAUUAAGCCACCUAGUUCUUCGGCUAAGAACGGAUUCUCAAUUGACAGCAUUAUCGGUAAGUCAUCAUCGGAGAACAAAGUGAAUUUCGAAACGCCGACAGCUCUGACCUGCUUCAGGGCGGCCGACUUAUCUCCGGCCAGUGUACAGAUGUCAAUGCCCAACGCGGCGCUUCCCUCGUUUAGACCGACGGGGAUAGAUAUGUUUCGGCAGGCCACGAGCGCUUUCAGCACCCCGUUUGCUUUCACGGUAAAUCCUCUGGAUGUUGACAAAUACAGACAUUACUUGCAGACGUGUGGGUUAACAAGUUGGCCGCGGUGA